AUGACUAGAGUAUCACCCUAUAUUGUCGAUCAUCAACAAGAACAACCGAAUGCUGAAAAGAAUGAUGAUGGUGGUGUUGGAGCAGCACAAUUAUUUUCUGAUACCGCCGAUAAUGCUUCUUCACUAAUGAGUAGUAGUGAAUAUUCGACAACUCAUAAAAGUGUUUCCUUCUUUACUUCUAUUAAAUUUUGUUUAAUAUUGGCAAAGUUUAUGGUUGUCUUGUUGAGUGUAUCAACAUUGUCUAUUAUUUGGAUUAGUAGUUUUGCACCAACUGUUUCAGAAUUAAGUAGUAAAGUGAGAGAUUCUGAAAUUAAUGUAAUUAUUAAGAAUACUGUCAAUACAUUGAGUGAGAUUGCUCAUGUUGGAAAGAUAAUGAGACAACAAGUUUUAAGUUAUGGAUAUGGAAUAUCAGAUUAUUCAAAGGUUGAAGUUAGUAUGUAUGGAAAUUAUAAGACCUCUCAAGAAUUAUAUGGUGGUGUAACUAUUGCUAGUUAUAUUGGAGAUCCAUAUAAUAAUUGUUUUGGAACAAUGACAUGGACAUCUACUGCAUCAGGAGCUGCCACAUUUAACAUUACACCAACUGAUUUUCAAAUCUUUUAUUGUGCUAGUAUGUCAGAUAAUGAAAGAUGUAUUAGAGAUUCAACUCCAAAUGAGGUGUUAGGAUUCUAUGAUAUGAAAAUACUUAUUGAAUCAUGUAAUAAUUAUCCAAAUGAUGUGGUAUUUACACCUAGUUUUGCUGAUCCUAUACUUCCUCAAUAUACUUGGGUCAGUAUGCUUUCAUGUGUACCAAGAACAACACCUGAUGCAUAUGGAAAUAAGUUUUCUCUCUAUUAUGGAAUGGAUUUGACAAUUACUUCCAUUUCUGAUUUUUUGAAGAAUAAGACUAGAUCAAUAUAUGGAGCUAGAGGAUUCUUUAUAGAAACCAAGUCAAGUUACCUAAUUGCAGUUGAUAGUGAUAUUCCCACAUCUAAAUCUCUAUCAGAUGGAACUAUUCAAAGAUUUACCAUUUACACAAUUGAUGAUAAGGAAGUAGUCAUGUUUUCACAAACUAUUCUCUCAUCAAUUGGAUCAUUAACAACAUUAACAUGUAACUCUCUCAAUAUUAUAUCAGAUUCAUCUCAUUACAUUCUUUCAUAUAGACUUUGUACAGAUACUCAUAUUGAUUGGGUUUUAGUUUAUGUUGUUCCUCAAUGGAAUUACAUUUCUUCUACAAUUAUUGCUGUCAUUAUUGCCAUGAUUGGUAGUAUUUUAAUUAUUUGUAUUGGUAUCAUUGUUGCUACAUUUGUUUCUCUCAAGAUUGUUAAACCAUUUUAUAAAUCUGGUUUCUCUGAAGUUAAACAACUUCAAAAACAGUUCAUUUUCAUGGUUAAUCGUAUCAAGUUAUACAAGUCAUUCAUACCUUCACAUUUGUUAUCUGAAAUUGAGAAUAAUUCUGCAGAAAAUUUACCAAUGAUGGUAAGAGAUGACAAGACAGCAAGUCUAGCAGAAGAAUCAACACAAGUGGGAGAAGAACAAUCCUCUAUUACAGGUUCAAGAUUUUCACAUGAUGAUAGCCAUAGACAGAGUUUUAAGAAAAUCAAAAGAAGAAUGGAAAAUAUCAAUAGAUUUGCAUUAUAUCUUGAAACUAAAUCUGUAACACUAUUAAUGACCAAACUAAGAGGAUUGAAUGAGUGGGUUGAACAUCUUCUACCAAGUGAAACUGUCAUAUUAUUAACUGAUGUUUUUGAUAUCAUGAAUGGCAUUUCUAGACUUGCUAGAGGUGCUCAUUUGAGUCUUUUUGAAAAUGAUUCAAUCAUGUUGAGUUUUAAUGCAGUUGGUCAAGAAGAAUCAAAUCAUCAAGAGAAGGCACUUAAUGCUUCUAGAAUGCUCGUUGAAAAACUUUCAAAUGUAAAGUCUACAAAAUGGAGGAAUCAUCAACUUUUGAGUAAGAGACCAAAACUUGCAGAUGCACUCAAAUUCAAUUUUGCCAUCACUACACAAGAGAGUGUAUGUGGUAAUAUUGGAACCAAAGAUUCAAAAUACUUUACAAUUAUGGGAAGUGGAAAGAAUAAUUUGGAAAACAUGUUACACUCUUCUAGCUCAUUAGAUGUUCAAAUAGUUUGUUCAGAUAAUGUUAAAUUAGUUUGUGAAAAUAGUUUCAUGAUGAGAUUACUCUUUCCAUUCACUUUCUUAAAUGAUAGCUCACUAUCUAAUAGACAAGAUGAAUCAAUCACAAGAAAUGGAUAUGUCUAUCAAGUAGGUUCAGCACUUGCCACCUCCAAUGAUGAUGAAUGGAUGUAA